AUGAAUAUCGAUAACGCAUAUAAACGUGCUGUGUUAUAUUUUUUCUUUUCGAGUGGUGAAACUGCCAGAUCUGCAGCAAUAAAAAUUAAUAGUGUACAUGGUGCACAUACUAUUAGUGUAAGGACUGCCCAGAAAUGGUUUGAAAAAUUUAAACUUGGAAAAAGCAACAUUAAUGAUGAACCCCGUUCAGGACGUCCUGUUGAUUUUGAUAACAACGUUCUUAAAAAUCUUGUGGAGUCAGAGCCACAUUUAACAGUGGAUCAAAUCGCAGAAAAGAUGCAUUCAUCUCAUGGGACAGUCUUUCGCCAUUUAAAGGAGAUUAAAAAAGUAUCUAAGCUUGGAAACUGA